AUGAUGAUGAUGUUAUACCGUGUGUUGUAUUUACUGACUUUGCUGCUAAGCAUUGCUUCUGUGUGUGUGGCCACUGAAGAGGUUACUAGUGCCGACAGACUACAUGAUAGGGGUGAGACAGGUCCUGCUGGUCCUACUGGUUCUUGUUCUCCUGAUGUGCAGUGUCCUCCUGCUCCUAAUAGAGCUGAAGAUCCUCACACUGAUUGUGCGGAAGCUGCUAAGAAGACUUGUACUACCGAGGGAAAUGAACACCAAGAAAAUUGUCUUCCUGAUGCUCUUGCUCGUUGCACAACAACAAAGGAACCAGCGCCAACUUCACCAAAGGAAGAAAUUCCUAAAGGCAAAUCCGGUCCUACUGGUACUGUUGGCGCUGCUGGUGGUCCUGGUGCUGAAGGUACUGGUGCUCUUCCUGCAGUUGGUAAUGGUGCUUCAACCAUUUCUAUUCCGGUAGCAAGUCAAGCUACGAAACCUGAUCAACGCGAAGCUGAUCACGCUGCUGCUGCAACUGCUGAGGCAGCUGGUGGUCAGACUUCAGUUGAAGAUCCCGCUGAAAGCAGCGACAAAGGUGAAGCAGUUGGAAGUGCAACAACGGCUGACGGUGCAUCACAACAGCCUUCUUCUUCCAACACUACAGUCACAGAGAGUACCAGUGGACCUGACACUUCAACAGAAAAUGGCAGUACAUCUGCUGGAACUGAGUCCACAAGCACCCAAAGCACUGAUGUGGGAAAUACAGAAACAUCCACCACCACCACCACCACAACAACAACAACAACACUUCCUCCUGAGACUGUAAACAACAAGAAGGGUGAUGCAGACAGCAGCAGCAGUAUCAGCAGUUCUGUGUGGGUGCGUGUACCACUACUGAUUGUGGUUACACUGGCCUGUAUUCUUGUGUGCUGA